AUGAUGACCAUGGCACGCCGGAUCUUCAACCGCUGCAACCUUGCCUUAUGCACAAGCUUAUCAUUGUUAUGUUCAAUCCACAGCGUGAUGUCUGCAAAUAUUCUAAAUGCUGUUGGUACCGUGGCCAUUAUGAGAGCAAUUGGCGAGCGGCCGACUGCCCAGCCGAGUAAUCCGGCAGCCUCGGGAAUUGGACAGACAGUUUCUGUGUCCGAUCUCGUCGAGCUUCGGUGCCCCGAGCUGGUGGAUCCUGAUACCGGCUUCCUGAAGCCCGACCCGAACUGUUCGGUGCCACUGAGGCGCCUGGUGCGAGGAGCGCGUUCAGUGCUGGCCUUCCAACACGGGAACCAGGUGCUGUCCGGCGACAAGAUCUCGGCCAUUUUCGACAUCAUUGAUAAUGGAAGCAGCAUUCAGAACUCGUCGACUGCACGGCGACGGCUGCUGUCGGGGCGAGGCGCCAUUCCACUGCUUCGCCCGGGAUCCCUGCAAGUGCUGGCCCGCAACCAACAGAAAGAGUUCUACACGGGAUCACCCAUUCAGCUGCGUGCUGUGGUCUAUCUGCUGGAUAUGUGCGGCUGGAUGAACCCGUUCAGGUCUGCCCAGGCAUUCCGAAAGUACAUGUUCAAUAGCGGGCCUGGAUCUAUUGAAGGCAAUCUUCAGAACUACUACCAAACCUGCUCGUACAACAAGACCCUGUGGGACCCCGCCAAUGUCGCGGUGGUGGGACCACUCACGUUGGACUGCCAAGGUACCUCCGUGAUUGGCGCCCUCCAGUAUCCAGUCGAUGCGUCAAAGCGCUGUGGCGCGGCCGAGCAGAUAUAUUGGGUGAAGACAGCCAAUGAGCUGGCUCAAAAGAUGGCUGAGCCGGGGUCCACAUUAGACAUUGUGCUGCGGACGAGCACGCGGCGACGUGUCGUGGUCGUGCUGCCAGGGCAAGUAAAGUGUGGCUUCGCCGGUCUCGCGGACGUGGCGUGCUCGGGCACCACGUGCCGCAGCUAUAUUAAGGGUACCUCUGCUGCCGACGUUCACGUCCUUUUCCACGAGCUGCAGCACAACUACGGCCUAAGCCAUGCCGGCUGGUCUGACGACGAGUACGGCGAUUCCACCGAUCCAAUGGGCAACUCACCCCGCAACAAUCAGGGGGUGCACUGCCACAACGCGCCCUACAACUGGCGUGCGGGCUGGGCCGGCCCUGUAAAAGAUGGCAUGAUCACCUCCGCCAACUUUACCCCCGCAAAAAAUCGCAUCAACUUCACCCUUCCAGCCUCCAGCAUCAGCGACAUGAACAUGGUCAUCGUGGACUUGGGCUACAGAGCCCCGCUGCCGGGAUCCCCCUUCAUACCCUAUCCAAAAUACUUCCUCAGCUACCGCGUCCGCAACAGCACCUUUGGAGGCUACGACGGUGGCAUGCCUGGCACGUACCACCAAAAGGUCCUUAUCCACAACUUCAACGGCACCGGUUCGGAGCGCGAUUACAACCGCUCCAACUACAUAGAUGCCGGCCCACGCUUCACACAGCGGAACCCAGCAUUUCCCGCCGGCAAUGUUUGGACUGCGCCGUUCGUUCCCUUCAACUCCAGCAGUGGCCUCGGCGGCGGUUUCCGCGUCAUCGUGGUGGCCCUGGACGCCAUUUCUGCUGUGGUGGAGGCGGUCGCCGCCGCCACCACCGCCGCCACCACCACGAUCGCCGCCACCAUCCCCACCAUCACCGUCUCCACAACCCCCGCCAUCACCAUCUCUAUCCUCGCCACCCUUGCCUUCGCCAUCACCUCCACGGCCACCACCAUCACCACGGUUGCCAUCACCCCGGUUGCCAUCACGGCUGCGGCCACCGCCGCUGCCACCUAG